CUUGAGCUGGUGGGGCCGGGUGCGUCGCUGUGCGCGGUCCGGGCACCAUGGUGUUCUUGCCCGACGAGUCGCGGGGGCUCCCGCCGCCCCGCAUCGUGAACAAGAACUCGGUGUGGCUGGGCCUGGUGGGCUGGGCCUCGGCGCUCCUGGACAACGCCUUCAACCGGCGCCCGGUCGUACGAGCUGGAGUACACCGUCAGGUCCUGUAUGCCACUGUGGGCUGGUGUGUUGGAUAUUAUUUGAGUAAACGUGCAGACUAUAUUCAUGCUAAACUGGACAGAGAACUGAUGGAAUACAUUAGGCAACAUCCGGAAGAUUUUAAGGAAAAAGGUUUAAACAUCCCAUUUGGUCGGCUUCUACCACCUCCUCUGGAGGCUGUUCCAUGGCUUCAAAGAGAAGAAAACCCUAGCUGAAGUUCUGGAGGACUUCCAUCCAAUUCGCUGAAAACUUCUCAAGAACUACAGACUUGUUCAGCAGAUCGUGUUUCGUGAGACCACUCCCAAAUAUAUUUGAGCAGAUUGUAUGUCAGUUAUUGUUCAAAUGCCACUGGUUGAAAAACACAAAAACAACCCUUACUGUAUUCUUAUAAUUAAAACUAUGAAUAAUUA